UCAAAUAAUGACGAGAUCACAAGACCAAGCAUAGACAACACUUUUAUCAACCAACUUGUCUUCUGUCAUCAGGUGAUUGGGAGUGAGGAAUUCAGAAAAGGGAUAAAUUCGUAAAUCAAUAUGUCUGGGAAAGAUAAAUUACAAAUUUUCCCUUCUCGGGGAGCUCAGAUGUUAAUAAAGGCCCGUCUGGCCGGAGCAGUUAAGGGCCAUGGUCUCCUCAAGAAAAAGGCUGAUGCCUUGCAAGUGAGGUUCCGUAUGAUCUUGGGAAAAAUCAUUGAGACAAAGACCCUUAUGGGUGAAGUGAUGAAGGAAGCAGCAUUCUCCCUGGCCGAGGCAAAGUUCACAACGGGAGACUUCAACCAGGUGGUGCUCCAGAAUGUGACCAAGGCACAGAUCAAGAUCCGUUCCAAGAAAGACAAUGUUGCUGGUGUCACACUGCCGAUCUUCGAGUCAUACCAAGACGGUUCAGAUACGUACGAGCUCGCGGGUCUCGCGCGCGGUGGUCAACAGCUCUCAAAGCUGAAGAAGAACUUCCAAAGUGCUGUCAAACUGCUGGUCGAGCUCGCGUCUCUCCAGACCUCGUUCGUGACUUUAGAUGAAGUCAUCAAGAUCACUAACAGACGUGUCAACGCUAUUGAGCAUGUGAUCAUCCCACGACUGGAGCGCACUCUGGCGUACAUCAUCUCCGAGCUGGACGAGCUGGAGCGUGAGGAGUUCUACCGGCUCAAGAAGAUCCAGGACAAGAAGAAGAUCAUCAAGGACAAAGCGGAGGCGAAAAAGAAAGAGCUCCUAGCGGCGGGCCUGGGCCUGGACCUUGGCGACGGCGGCGCCAACCUGCUGGACGAGGGCGACGAGGACAUCGUGUUCUAAACCACCCGACAGUUGACCGGUGCG